GGAGCAGAGCAAUGCACAGAUAAAGGAGGAGGGAGGAGUCGCCUGCACUCUGCUGUCAGAACUACUCAGACUCCAGCCGAGCAUGCUGAGGAGGGGCUCAGAGCUGCGCAGAGGAGACAGAGAAGUCCUGCUGGAUCUGGACCAUGGGGCAGAAGCACAGACCACAGACUCUUAUGGGAGCGUACAGGAUGGCAGCUUUAUCCCACCUCGAUAUCUCUCAGCUAUUACAGCAGAAGAUGAGUGCCCCCUAACACAAGUUCAAGACAGGAGAAACCAGCCUCUACUGCAGACUGGGAACUACUUCAGAGAUGGAAAAACCAAAAUAGAUUUCGUGUUAGUGUGGGAAGUACGAUCGCGGAGGAAGAAGAGAUCCAAAGCCAAAAACUCCGGGGAUCCCAAUGCAGAAAGGAGCAGCAGCAAGUCGGAGCAGAGGAGGGCCCAGCUGGAGCAGUGGAGAGACAGAUUCACACAAAACCUGCAGGAAACUGGACUACUCAUAGAGAAGGAGGAAACAGCCAGUGAGAAGAAGACUGUCCACUUUUUAAAGCUCAGUGCUCCCUGGGAUGUGUUGGUGUAUUACGCUGAAGAACUCUGUCAAAGAGCCCCUCUGCAGGCACAGCCCCAUUUGGACUUGAACACCUCUGCUCGAGUCCUGGACAAACUCUACAUACCCAACAUCCUGAUGGAGUCUGUGCCCAAUCGCCCACUGGACUAUUACACAUGUGCCUUCCGCAAGUCAAAGUUAAACAGGUUUCUUGGGAGCGGUGAUCAGGAAAACUACUUCACACAUACACAGAGACAUCGUAUGGUUUACGAGAUUCUUGCGAGAACUGUUUACGGCAAAAGGAAGAGAGCUGAGGUUGGCGUGGACAGACUCAUAAAUGAAGGGGCGUACACGGCAGCUUUCCCCCUGCAUGAGGGGCCCUUUGAGCUCCCUGGGUUUGGGGUCCGACCAGAGGAGCUGAACCAGAGACAGGUCCUGUACCACUUCUGGGCUCGCUGGUGCAAAUGGUACAAGUACCAGCCUCUAGAUCACAUCCGGGAGUACUUUGGGGAGAAGAUUGCGCUGUACUUUGCCUGGUUGGGAUUCUACACAACAUGGCUUCUGCCGGCCGCCGUGGUGGGAACUCUGGUCUUUGUAUCUGGCAUCAUGACGAUGGGCUCCAACAUACCAGCAGAGGAGAUCUGUAACAACGGGAGCAGUUACCUCAUGUGUCCUCUUUGUAACACUUGUAAAGCCUGGAACAUGUCUGAAAUCUGCCCCAUGGCCAAGGUGGGCUACCUGUUUGACCACCCGGGCACAGUGCUCUUCAGUGUGUUCAUGUCCUUCUGGGCUGUCACCUUCCUGGAGUACUGGAAAAGAAAGAUGGCCACUCUGUCUCAUCACUGGGACUGUAUGGACUUCCAUGAAGAGGAGGAACGCCCUCGCCCUGAGUUUGUUGCCAUGGCUCCAAUGAUGGAAGAAAACCCCGUAACUGGGGUCAAAGAGCCGUACUUUCCAGAGAAGACCAGACUGUCACGGAUGUUCACAGGCUCCAUGGUCAUCAUUAUGAUGCUGUGUGUGGUGAUGAUCUUCCUGGUGACUGUGGUCAUGUGUCGUGGAAUCAUCAGUAUCAUGAUGUUUCACACUGGGAGCCCAGUCCUCAGAACAGAGGCUGGUACCAUUGCAAACAUCUGCAGCAGUAUAGUGAACCUAGGCCUGAUCCUGCUGAUGGGGAGGGUCUACACAGCGUUGGCAGAGCAGCUCACUAAAUGGGAGAUGCACAGGACACAAACCCAAUAUGACAACGCCUUCAUCUUAAAAGUGUUCAUCUUUCAGUUUGUUAACUUCUAUUCCUCUCCUUUUUAUGUGGCUUUCUUCAAAGGCAGGUUUGUGGGGUAUCCCACCAACUAUGGCACUUUGUUUGGAAUGAGAAAUGAAGAUUGUGGUCCUGGCGGCUGUCUCAUUGAACUGGCAGAACAGCUCUUCAUCAUCAUGGUGGGAAAGCAACUUAUCAACAACGUUCAAGAGUUCAUCCUCCCGAAAAUGAAGGCCUGGAAGCAGAAGAGGACGCUGGAGAAGGUGCUGGGGGGUAAAGGAGAUCGUGAGCUCCAGCACUGGGAGGAGGACUACCAACUGCUGGAAUGUGAAGGGCUCUUUGAGGAGUAUCUGGAAAUGGUUCUCCAGUUUGGUUUCAUCACCAUCUUUGUGGCAGCCUUCCCUCUGGCUCCUCUGUUUGCUCUCCUUAACAACUGGGUGGAGAUCCGCCUGGACGCUCACAAGUUUGUGUGUGAAUAUCGCCGCCCAGUGGCCGAACGAGCGCAGAACAUCGGAGUGUGGUUUAACAUCUUGGAGGCCCUGUCACACCUCUCUGUCAUCGCCAAUGCCUUCCUGAUAGCCUUCACAUCAGAGUUCUUACCUCGUUUGCUGUAUCAGUUCAAGUUUGACAACAAUCUACAUGGAUAUGUCAACUUCUCCUUGGCUUAUGCCCCACUCAACUACACUGAAUACCCUCUGUGCAGAUAUAAGGCCUUCAGAGAUAACAAUGGAAGCUACACAUUGUUCUACUGGGAGCUGCUUGCAGUCAGACUGGGAUUUAUCAUCGCUUUUGAGCAUGUGGUCUUCUUUGUGCUAAGGGCCAUUGACUGGAUCGUGCCCGAUGUCCCAGAGUCUUUGGAGCUGAAGAUGAAGAGGGAGCGGUAUCUGGCCAAACAGGCGCUGGCUGAGAACCAGGAGGCUCUGCUGGUGAGUCGUGUCCGAGGAAGGGGCUCUGGGACCGGCUUUGGAGGCUCCAGCACAGAGGUGGACGAGAAUUGUGGUCCGAUUGCAAGCAGGAGGACAGCACAGAGGAGCCCCACAGCACUGUCUCCAAAGGGUUAAACAGAGAGAACCAAAGCAGUGAAACAAGCUGUGAACAAGAUUGAAGAAGCCAG